AUGGAUUUGAGACUUGGAUUAAUACCAUGCUAUCUAGAAUUAAAAGUAUUUAAUAAUGGACUUGCAGAUCUUGCUUUGUUUACAGCAUCUGAGUAUAAGCACAUGAUAAAAAUUAUGCCAUUUGUUCUUGAAGGUCUUCUUGAAAAAAAUCAAAAUGAACUACUCAUUCAAAU